UCUUUAAGAAAUGCAAAACAGUCUUGCAUCGUGAAAACUAACAUGACAUAGCUACAAUCCAAGACUGAAGACUUGAUAACUAAGCAUGUCCCCUGAUGAUGCUUGCCCAAGAGAUUUCAUGCUUCAGAAUGUAAAUGGUCCUCAUGUGAAGCUGUGGCAAGAGUUCCCCUCAGUAGCUUUCCUCGCUCGCCUCUACUCUGUUCCAAAACUGAUGGAGAAAACAAGCUCUUCACAGGCAAGCCAUGGCAACCAUAAAGAAAACAGUCCUUUCCUCAACAAUUUGGAAGCUGGCAAGGGAGGUGAUUACUAUGACAAAAAUCUGGCCUUGUUUGAGGAGGAACUGGAUAUACGACCAAAAGUGUCAUCUCUGCUUGGCAAGUUGGUCAACUACACAAAUCUUACUCAAGGUGUUAAGGAACAUGAAGAAGCAGAAAGUACUGAUGGUUCAAAGAAGAAAGUAUCAAAAUCACCCAACAUGGGCACCCUGAUGGGGGUGUAUUUACCAUGCAUGCAGAAUAUCUUUGGGGUUAUUCUCUUCCUUCGGCUGACUUGGAUGGUGGGAAUGGCAGGAGUUCUUCAGUCCUUCCUGAUUGUCUUACUGUGCUGCUGUUGUACUAUGCUGACAACCAUAUCAAUGAGUGCUAUUGCAACGAAUGGCGUUGUUCCAGCUGGUGGCUCCUAUUUCAUGAUAUCCAGGUCAUUAGGCCCCGAGUUUGGUGGAGCUGUAGGGCUGUGCUUUUAUUUGGGAACAACGUUUGCAGGAGCGAUGUAUAUCCUUGGUGCCAUUGAGAUUUUAUUGACAUACAUUGUGCCACAAGCAGCAAUUUUUCAUCCAUCCGGUGCCCAUGAUGCAUCCAGUGCUAUGCUAAACAAUAUGAGGGUGUAUGGAACUGUAUUCCUCAUCCUAAUGGCAGUAGUGGUCUUUGUAGGUGUGAAAUAUGUUAACAAAUUUGCUUCCCUCUUCUUGGCCUGCGUAGUAAUAUCUAUACUGUCCAUUUAUGCUGGAGCUAUCAAGUCCAUCUUUGAUCCACCUGAAUUUCCGAUUUGCAUGCUGGGCAACAGGACUUUGUCAAGAGAUCAGUUUGAUGUUUGUGCCAAAACCAUAGUUAAGGAUAACAUUACUGUGGCCUCUAAGCUUUGGGAGCUCUUCUGCCACAGUACAAACUUAACCACCGAUAACUGUGAUGAAUAUUUCCUGCUCAACAACGUGUCAGAGAUAGCAGGGAUUCCAGGAGCUGCUAGUGGCAUUCUAAAAGACAACUUAUGGAGCAAUUAUUUGGAGAAAGGAGAGAUACUGGAGAAAGCACAUCAGCCAUCUGUUGAUGUGGCAGGUCAGAAGAACAAUCUUCAUCUGUACGUGCUUUCGGAUAUAGCUACUUCAUUCAUGGUGCUGGUUGGCAUCUUCUUCCCUUCCGUGACUGGCAUCAUGGCUGGUUCAAACAGAUCAGGGGACCUCAAAGAUGCACAGAAAUCCAUUCCCAUUGGAACAAUUCUUGCCAUUGUCACCACAUCACUAGUCUACUUCAGUUGCGUGUUAUUAUUUGGAGCCUGCAUAGAAGGUGUAGUCCUGCGAGAUAAGUACGGCGAUGCGGUGAACAAGAACUUAGUGGUGGGCACCCUCUCCUGGCCCUCGCCGUGGGUCAUCGUGAUAGGGUCCUUCUUCUCCACUUGUGGGGCCGGCUUGCAGAGCCUUACCGGGGCCCCCCGGCUGCUGCAAGCUAUAGCAAAGGACAACAUUAUCCCUUUCCUCUGGAUUUUUGGCCAUGGCAAAGCAAACGGUGAACCAACGUGGGCUCUUCUGUUAACAGCAUUAAUUGCUGAGCUGGGAAUCCUUAUUGCCUCACUUGACAUGGUGGCUCCAAUUCUCUCAAUGUUUUUCUUGAUGUGUUACCUCUUCGUUAAUCUAGCAUGUGCAGUGCAAACACUUCUUAGGACUCCAAACUGGCGGCCCCGAUUUAAAUACUAUCACUGGGCCCUGUCAUUUUUAGGUAUGAGCAUUUGCUUGGCAUUGAUGUUCAUUUCGUCUUGGUAUUACGCUCUGGUAGCUAUGCUCAUUGCGGGCAUGAUAUACAAGUACAUUGAAUAUCAAGGUGCGGAGAAGGAGUGGGGUGAUGGCAUCCGAGGUCUUUCGCUCAGUGCAGCAAGAUACGCCUUACUCAGACUGGAGGAGGGCCCUCCACACACAAAGAACUGGAGGCCUCAGUUGCUGGUGCUUCUGAAACUUGAUGAAGAUUUACAUGUAAAAUACCCUAGACUGUUAACAUUUGCAUCCCAGCUGAAAGCUGGCAAAGGUUUGACUAUCAUAGGAUCAGUGAUCCAGGGGAAUUUCUUGGAGACUUAUGGAGAAGCCCAGGCUGCUGAGCAGACUAUUAAGAAUAUGAUGGACAUUGAAAAGGUGAAAGGAUUUUGUCAAGUAGUUGUAGCCAAUAAAGUUCGAGAAGGAAUUGCCCACUUGAUUCAGUCCUGUGGACUAGGUGGCAUGAAACACAAUACCGUGGUUUUGGGAUGGCCGUAUGGCUGGAGGCAAAGUGAAGAUCCAAGGUCAUGGAAAACAUUUAUAGGUACUGUUCGUUGCACAACGGCAGCUCAUUUGGCCCUACUGGUUCCAAAAAACGUAUCUUUCUACCCUAGCAACCAUGAGCGUUACAACGAGGGCAACAUUGAUGUGUGGUGGAUUGUGCAUGAUGGAGGCAUGUUGAUGUUGCUUCCUUUUCUACUCAAACAGCACAAAGUUUGGAGAAAAUGCAAAAUGAGAAUUUUUACUGUAGCCCAGAUGGAUGACAACAGCAUACAGAUGAAAAAGGACUUGGCUACUUUCCUCUAUCAACUCCGAAUAGAGGCAGAGGUAGAAGUGGUAGAAAUGCAUAAUAGUGAUAUCUCAGCAUAUACUUAUGAGCGAACUCUUAUGAUGGAGCAGAGAUCUCAGAUGCUGAGGCAAAUGAGGCUGACAAAAACAGAGAGGGAAAGGGAGAUACGGCCUCUGUUAGUCCAAAUGCUGCAUGGCUCACACCCAUCUGAACUCAGUUUGGCUCAGCUGGUGAAGGACAGACACUCAAUAGCACGUUUAGAGAGCUUGUACUCGGAUGAAGAAGAUGAGGCGGACCCAGUUCCUGAGAACAUUCAGAUGACCUGGACAAAGGAAAAAUGUGACUCUGAGAAGCGGAACCGAAGCAGUGCUGUGGGAAGCUUUAGAGAUCUGAUCAGCAUUAAGCCAGAGUGGGAAAACUUGAACCAAUCUAACGUCCGAAGGAUGCACACAGCAGUAAAGCUAAAUGAAGUUAUUGUAAAUAAGUCCCAUGAUGCCAGACUUGUUCUCCUCAACAUGCCUGGUCCUCCAAAGAAUACUGAUGGUGAUGAAAACUACAUGGAGUUUCUUGAAGUCUUGACUGAGGGUUUGGAGAGAGUAUUACUUGUUAGAGGAGGUGGCCGAGAAGUCAUCACCAUUUACUCCUGAUUUAGUACGAGCUUCUAACACUUCUUCUUGGUGAUAAAGAACAUUCCAGUUUUAAAUGGAGAAGAAAAAAAGGUUUUUUGCCUAACUUUCUCCUCAUCUAGUCCUACUCAUUGUGUUUCCAUCUGCAACAUACAUAUCUUUGGGACUGCAGUAUUGUUAGACCAUCCAAUUAGCAACACAAGUUAAUUGUGAAUCUGCCACGUUAUUCAGUUUCUGCUUUGGUACGCUGGCAUUCGUGCAUGUAGUUUUAACACUAAACCUAUUUUUAGACAACACUGCGAUGUGCAGUAUUUCUAGUAACUGUAUGUAAAGUUAGGACAUGAAAGUCAGUUACUGUAAAAAGAUUUUAAAAGCUUUUUAUAUUAGGUUUGGGGGAUAGAAUUACAUUAUAUAGCAGCUAGUUUCUGCUGAACUUCAGCUAUAAAGCAUUUUCUAAAAAAGCACACUAAAUUGUGAGAGAGGACUGAAAAAAGCUUUGUUUUUUCUGGGUUUAUUUCCAGAACUAAACUCUCAGUAUUGGAUUAAGAAUUUAUACUUUUAAUACAUUUAUUGAUAGAGUUUUAAAUAAAUUAUGUUGAUAGAGUUGAAAUUACGUAUGUAGCUUGCUACAGACUGUUGCUUCUGAGACUUGAGGUUCUGUGAGGCCAGAUCCCUAUUUAUUUUUGUAUUUAUUUGUCAGAAAUAUUGGAUACGCAGAUGCAGGAGUACAGAGAUUUCGUAAUAAUUUUUGAAUCAUCAGCGGAUUGAAGGACCAGUCCUGUGCAGUUCUUCCAUGCUUUAAAUUUCUUGCAGACCAUCUAUCAAAGUACAUUGAGCAUGUUGGAGUCCAAGUGUGUAGAGCCAGGCACUAUGCUGCGCGCACAGCGAUGGGAUUGCACUUGCACAAGUACAGGGGACCUGCUGCUUCAUUGUAUGUGUUAUGUCCGUAGAGGAAAAAGAAGAAAAGAAGACCUUUUCUUAACCAAUACGUCUCUGGAGAUUUUAUCAAGCCCAUUGAGUUGUACUUUAUGUACAGAACAUUCGUAUUUUUUCAAUAAAAUGUUGCAUACAUUUGGAACCUA